AUUACACACACCAGAAAACACACUGAGCUCAACUCCUGAAGAGAGAGAAAAAUGGAGGACGAAGAACAGGCAAUGGCGGCAGGGAGGCGGCGGAGCAGAGGAUCAAACGCAGCGUUAACCGCCAGAACACAAGCUCUAGAACGUCUAAAAGCUCUACGCAAUGGCGAAAGUCGUCCUUCAUACGACAUCAAAAUGGAUGCACCAAUCUACGAUACCGUAGACGAAGACGAGUACAAAGACCUAGUAGCUAAACGCCGAGAAGAGUUCAGUGAUUUCAUUGUCGGCGAGGCUGGGGACGGAUACAUCGAUGAUGGAGAGGAGGAGGAUUGGACUAAAGCAGGAGUUUCAUUUUCAUCUGAUGAAGAAUUUGAUGGUGAAGGAGGAGAUAGAUUGAAGAGGAAGAAGAAAGAGAAGGCGGAUAAGCCGGAGAAGGAGAAGAAACCUUCUGCUACUGCUAAUGCUCUUUCUGCUGCUGCUGCUUUAAUGGGGAAACAACGGAUUUCGUCGAUGUUUACGACUUCCGUGUUUAAGAAGAGGAGUGAGGAGAAAGGGAAAGGGAUGUUGGCGUCUGAUAAUGUUGUCGAUGAUGUCAUUGCGGAGUUUGCGCUUGAUGAUGAGGAUAGAGAGCGAAGGAGGAGACCGAAAUCGAAAAAUUUAGGGUUAGGGUUAGGGUUAGGGUUAGGUGUCAACAAGGUUAAUGUUAGUGAAUCUUGUAGGAAGGUUGAAGAUGAUAAUCGGUUAUUAUCAUCGGAUUUAGCACGAAAGGUUGAGGUAAUUGAUGAUAAGGUAGCUGUAGAAGCGGGGGAUGAUUUCAAUGAUUUAGGUUUGAAUCAUGAAUUGAAGCAAUGUGAAGGUGAUUUUAAUGGUGUGAAUGAUAAGGAAGAGAAAUUGGCAGUUGUAGUUGAGAGUAAGGUUGAUUCAGAUUUGAAGGAGGAUGAUCACAAGGUUUUUGCAUUUAAUGCCAAGAUUAAGGAGGAAAAGGUUCAGUCUUUCAGUGCUGCGGCGGAGUGGAAAACUAUCAACGAUGCAGGGAAAGGAAAUGGUGCUGAGUGUAAGCCAGCCGAGAGAAGUUCCGUUAUGGAAACGGAUGAGAAGCCGGAGUUUGUGUUGGAGACUGAUGGAUCAUUGCCUUUUUAUAUACUUGAUGCAUAUGAAGAGAUGUAUGGUGCUAAUCCUGGCACAAUAUAUCUAUUCGGUAAAGUUAAAGCAGGAAAUGCAUAUCAUAGUUGCUGUGUUGUUGUAAAGAAUAUGCAGAGGUGCUUGUAUGCUAUCCCAAAUAGUUCUGUAUUUCACAAUGAGGAAGUCUUGAAGCUGGAGAAGGACGUUGCUGAUGAUAAGAUUUCAGCUGCAGAAUUUCGCGCCAAACUUCAUAAAGUGGCAUCAGGAUUGAAAACUGAAUUUGCAAAACAUCUAGUAGGCCUCAAUGUAUCAACAUUUAGCAUGGCGCCAGUUAAGAGGAGUUAUGCAUUUGAGCGCUUUGACAUACCUCACGGGGAGAAUUAUGCUCUUAAGAUCAAUUAUCCAUUCAAGGACCCUUCACUACCAUCAGAUCUUACAGGAGACACUUUCUGUGCAGUGCUAGGGACUCAGUCAAGUGCCCUGGAACUCUUUUUGAUCAAAAGGAAGAUAAAAGGACCAUCGUGGUUGUCAAUAUCUAAAUUCUCUAGCUGCCCUUCUCAUCAACGGGUGAGCUGGUGCAAAUUUGAGAUAGCUGUUGACUGUCCGAAGGACAUCCAGGUGUCAACUUCCACCAAGAACACUGCAGAGAUUCCUCCAGUUAUCGUAACAACAAUCAAUUUGAAAACAAUCGUCAAUGAGAAACAAAAUGUCAAUGAAAUUGUUUCGGCAUCCAUUAUCACAUGUAGUAAAGUGAAGAUUGACACUCCAAUGCUGGCUUCAGAGUGGAAGAGACCUGGUGUGCUUAAUCAUUUUACUGUUGUAAGGAAGCUUGAUGGUAUCUUUCCAAUGGGAUUUGCUAAAGAAGCUGCAGAAAAGAAUUCAAAGGCGGGAAGCACCAUACUUGCUUCUGAAAGCAGCGAAAGAGCUUUGUUGAACCGUCUGAUUACACAGAUGUACAAGUUGGACAGUGAUGUUCUUGUGGGCCAUAAUAUCUCUGGAUUUGAUUUAGAUGUUCUCCUCCAUAGAGUUCUGGCAUGCAAAGUACCAAGCAGCAUGUGGUCUAAAAUAGGUCGUCUUAAGCGAUCUACAAUGCCUAAGCUGACAAAAGGAAGCACCAUUUUCGGAGCAGGAGCAAGUCUAGGAAUAAUUUCUUGUAUUGCUGGUCGCCUCUUAUGUGACACAUACUUGUGCUCCCGAGACCUCUUGAAGGAGGUGAGCUACUCACUGACACAGCUAGCAAAGACACAGCUGAACAAGGAUCGGAAGGAAAUUGAACCGAAAGAUUUACCCACAAUGUACCAAACAGCUGAAUCUCUUAUGGAUCUUAUAGAAUGCAAUGAGACAGAUGCAUGGUUGUCUAUGGAACUCAUGUUCCACUUGAGUAUUCUUCCACUUACACGUCAACUGACUAAUAUCAGUGGCAACCUUUGGGGAAAGACUCUACAAGGAGCUAGAGCACAACGGGUGGAGUAUCUUCUAUUACACGCUUUUCAUGCAAAGAAGUAUAUUGUUCCUGACAAAUAUUCUUCUCGUGGAAAGGAAAGUAAAUUGACAAAACGCAAAGUGGACAACGGUGAUAAUAAAGAUUUGGAUAACUUAAACAAUGAGAAUGAGGCUCCGCAUGAAGAUCAGGGGAAAGGAAAGAAAGGUCCUGCUUAUGCAGGUGGAUUGGUUUUGGAUCCUAAAAGAGGUUUAUAUGACAGAUAUGUGCUUCUUCUGGACUUCAAUAGUCUUUAUCCUUCUAUUAUUCAGGAGUACAACAUCUGUUUUACAACAGUUGAAAGAUAUCCUGAUGGAUCAGUUCCACGUAUACCAUCUUCUGGGAAAACAGGAGUUCUACCUGAGUUGCUAAAAAAUCUGGUUGAGAGGAGGAGAAUGGUGAAGUCUUGGCUGAAGACAGCAUCAGGCCUCAAGGCCCAACAGUUUGACAUACAGCAGCAAGCACUUAAGCUCACAGCAAACAGUAUGUAUGGAUGCCUGGGUUUUUCCAACUCAAGAUUUUAUGCAAAGCCCCUUGCAGAACUUAUAACUCUACAAGGAAGAGAAAUUUUGCAAAGUACUGUUGACCUAGUGCAGAACACAUUGAACUUAGAGGUUAUCUAUGGUGAUACAGAUUCAAUAAUGAUAUAUAGUGGGCUUGAUGAUAUUGCAAAAGCUAAAGCCAUAGCUGGGAAAGUCAUCCAAGAGGUUAAUAAGAAAUAUAGGUGUUUGGAAAUUGAUCUGGAUGGGCUGUACAAGAGGAUACUGCUCCUCAAGAAGAAAAAAUAUGCAGCUGUCAAAUUGCAAUUUAGGGAUGGAAGACCAUAUGAGGUAAUUGAACGAAAGGGUCUUGAUAUGGUACGUCGUGAUUGGAGUUUGUUAUCAAAGGAAGUUGGGGAUUUUUGUCUGAGUCAGAUACUUUCCGGGGGAUCCUGUGAGGAUGUGGUGGAGUCUAUACAUAGUUCUCUUAUGAAGGUGCAAGAGGAGAUGAGGAAGGGAGAAGUACCUGUUGAAAAGUAUAUUAUAAGAAAGUCAUUGACAAAACCACCUGAAGCUUAUCCCGAUGCCAAAAAUCAACCACAUGUUCAGGUGGCACUGAGACGGAAACAAAGUGGUUAUUCUACUGAGUGUUCUGCAGGAGAGACUGUUCCUUAUAUUAUAUGCUUUGAGCAGGGAACUAGUUUGGGGACUUCUGGUGGUAUUGCUCAGCGAGCUAGGCAUCCUGACGAAUUGAAUAGUGACAAUUCUAAAUGGAUGAUUGACAUUGAUUAUUAUUUAUCCCAACAGAUACAUCCAGUGGUUUCACGUUUAUGUGCAUCCAUCCAGGGUACAGACCCUGCACGUCUGGCUGAUUGUCUAGGGCUUGAUUCAUCGAAGUUCCAAAGUAAAUCUAACCACUUCACGAGCAAUGAUCCUUCCAGCACACUGUUGUGUUCUGUUGAUGAUGAAGACAGAUAUCAAGGCUGUCAACCUUUAAUGUUAUGUUGCCCUAGCUGCUCUGGCACUUUUGAUUGCCCAAGCAUCUUUAGUUCCCUAUGUAAAUCAAUUGCAGAAAAGUCUAAUGAAGUUCAGCCAGAUGAAUCCACUUUCAAUAUCUGGCAUAGUUUGCGUUGCCCCAAGUGUCCCGGGGAAGGAGAUGUUGGUCGAUUAUCUCCUGCGAUGAUUGCCAAUCAGGUCAAGAGGCAAGCUCAUGGCUUCAUCUUAACGUACUACAAGGGUCUAAUGACGUGUGAUGAUGAGACUUGCAAGUACACUACUCGUAGCUUAAACUUGCGGGCUAUAGGUGAUUGUGAGAAGGGAACUGUCUGUCCUAACUACCCUCGUUGUAAUGGCCGUCUUGUGAGAAAGUAUUCAGAGGCGGAUUUAUACAAGCAGCUCACAUACUUCUGUUAUACUCUGGACACUGUUCGUUGCGUUGAAAAGGUGGAUGCUGCUGCAAGAUUACCCUUAGAAAAGGAGCUUAUUAGAAUUCGCCCCAGUGUUGAAUUAGCGGCUGAUAGAGCUCAGAAAUUGAGAGACCGCUGUGCCUAUGGAUGGGUGCGACUGAAUGACCUCUUUGUCGCACUUUGAAUUUGUAGUCCAGAAUACUAGUUAUCAAGUCUACCAAAAGAAGUCGUUUGGAUUUUGUAAAUAUUAUGUAAUAUGUAUAGGCGUGAAUGAGUUAUAGUUUAAGUUUACAACAUACUUGUAUCCUUUUUUUCAUCUUUGGUUCACAUUAGAUGUCAUCUUCGACGGUUUAUUUAUUUUUGGCAUUGGAUGACAAGUUAUACAACUUCUAAUUAAUGUAAUGUCAGUAUGUAACAUUCCCAUCUACAACUGCAAAAAAAUUUAUAUUAUGAUAAAAUCUUAAUGAUUUAA